AAUCAUUCACCGAUAUAUCCCGCAGCGGUAUUCUUAUACGACACAAUAAUCACGACUGGUGAAGAAAUACGGUGUUUCUGGGGACGGAAGAUUACAGGGGCGGUGAUCUUGUUCUGGCUCAACAAGUACAUGACUAUGCUUGUUUUGGUCUGGGGACUCGCA